GUAAAAGCUGUGAUACCAUGGCCGCGCUUGCACCAAUCCGGCAACAAAUCACACUCUAUUCAGCGGGCCCGCCAUUAGUUUCGACCGCGUCGAGGCUGCGACUGCCUUUCACUCCACGCAAGCCUUGGGCUACUCGGAUGCUUCUUGCUUGCUGUGCUGCCUCAUCGACCAGAAUCCCUGAUAUCUGUGAGCACAGUCGGGAGACCACAACGACGCGCUGCCAAAAAUCAAGACACGCACUCGAACCACCCCCGGUUACACGGCCAGCAGCAAUGGCCUUGGUCAACUACGACUCCGACUCCGACUCCGAGGGCGAGGCCGCGCCCGCGCCGCCACAGCCAGCCAGCUCCGCGAAACCACCGACUGCCGCGCCGAAGCUCGUCGACCGCGCCAACCCCCGCAAGAUCAUCGUGAACCUCCCCUCGGCCUCGGCCAGCUCGGACGAGCCGCCCGCAAAGCGCGCCAGGACCGAGGGCGGUGGUGGAGGCCGCUUCGGCGCGUUCCGGUCCGCACUGCCCCCGCCCAAGAAUACCGUCGCCCCCGUCGCGGCGUCGAGAUCGUCACAGCCAUCGGGAUCAUCUUCCUCCUCCUACUCCUCGGCGCAGCCGCUACCCUUCUCGUUUUUCAAAACCAGCGCCGAGGCCGCCUUCAGCCGCGAGCCUCCUCCGUCCGCCGGCGGCGAUGGCGACGAGGUGGACGAGUUUGGAAACGCAAAUACUGGCCUUGCCCCGGACAGGCUAGCAGCAGGUGGGGGAAUGCGAAUGAAACUUCCCGCGCCAAAGUCUCAGGGGCCGCAACAGCAGGGCCCCUCGAUACCCGAGGGGCAGAAGCCCGAGAGCGAGGUGAAGCUGGUGGGCAAGCCGCUCAUGUUCCGCCCGCUCUCGGUGGCCAGGAAGCCGGCCAAGAAGAGCGGUGCCAAGGCCGCUGCUUCGUCUGCGCCAAGAGCAAUGACAAGGCCAGCGGGCUCGUCUAGCGCCGACGCUGUGACGACAGCCGCACCGCCCGCCGAAGCACCCAAGAAGAAAAAGGUGUCACUCUUCUCCCUCGGGGCUGAUGAGGUGGACGAAGCGCCACAGGCAGAGGAGCCCCCCGCAGCUGAAGGCGGCUACCAGCCUCUUUUCGAAGACGUGGUCACGGACCCGACGACGGGAGAGGCCGUCUACUCGGACUACGCGUCUUAUCAGGCGCCAGGAGGCGGCGGCGGCGGCGGCGGCGGCGACGCCA